AUGGAGGACUCUAAGCAACAAAUUCGCGAGCAUAUCAUGGAUCAAAUCCCAGAUACCAUAAAGAAUUUCCUUCAAACGGUUGAUCCAGCGGCGAUUCGAAUACUUGGUGAUACUCCCAAUAGCGUUCUCGACUCUAGAGAUUAUUUGGGAUCUAUACGUCCAUUUGUAUCAGCGGUCGAGCGUUCCCUUCGGCAACAUCGCCUAGACAAUCAGACUUCCUUCCUCGCUGUGAGCAUAUACCCCGGACGCCACUCUUAUUUCGUGCUAGACCUCAACAAUUCCGACUAUGUCUACGAGACUGCUCAUAACGACAUGAAUCCAAUAUCUGUCUACGUCCUUCGCCUAUCGAGAAAUCCCAAAAUUUUCAGAAAGGAAGCUCUAGAUAAAACGCUCGCUGAGACACUUGCAGAGAUGCACAACGGGCAUGGCUACGAGCCUCUACCUUUGUUUGAUGAUCAUAAUCAGAUUGUUCAAUACCACAACCCACGCAGCCUUCAGUCUUGA